AUGGAUGACCAUUGUUUUGUCGUAUGCGGCGAAUGGAAAAUGGACGGGAGUAGAUGGAACUCCAUUGCCGACAGUGGUCGCAUGUCCAGAGUUGUUGAGUUGGGCAAAGGGAUGACCAUCCUGGAGCUGAACAGGGCUGUGCUAAGCGAGUUUUACGAGGAUGGUUUUGCUGGGGUUUCCACCUCUCUUAGCUACUGGCCACCUAACUCAACCGAACUUGCCACUGGAAUUACGAUACCUCCGGUGUUGGUUACACACAAAUGA